AUGCCCUCACGUAAGCCCGAAGAAAUUGAUGAACUCAUUUCGACAUGGAAGUCGUCGAGAACAGCUGACAAGAAGCACAUGUGUAAAGUGAAUGCACAGAAAGGAAAAGAACUGGAAAUCUUACGAGCAGAGGAUGACGGUACAACGGUGGUCAACGUUUGUGGACUUACUGUGAGCGCGUCACUCCUUGAUUCAGGAGCAGAUGAAUCCUUAGUGAGUUGCGGAGUGGUGGAUAAUUUGACGGGAAUGGAGUGUUUUAUCGCGUUCCAGCAAUGUGAACCUGUGCCGUUGCAUCCAGUCGGAGGGGGCAUUUUAUCAGUCUCCCGUAAGAUUCGAUUCGACGAGUUGGCAUUGGCAACACCAGCAGGUCCACUGAUGCUACGCGGGCUCGUGUGCUGGAUUGAUGAGAGCGACAGGUCGCUGUCCUUGACGAUAAGUCGCCGGGUGAUGAACUGGGUUAUUCUACGCCUAAGCUCCUAG